CUAAAGUGGUCGGCCAGCGAUAGCCGCCGAGAAAGAAUCGUUAAUGGCGGAGACGGAAUCCUACCCCCCGAUCGACCCAACAAACUUUGAUCUCAUCGUCGUCGGCACCGGCCUGCCUGAAUCCAUCAUCGCCGCCGCAGCCUCCGCAGCCGGAAAAACUGUACUCCAUCUUGAUCAUAACCCCUUCUACGGCUCCCACUACUCUUCCCUUACUCUCCAAGACCUCACAUCCUUCCUCCGCUCCCACUCCGAAAUCCCUAAAAUCAAUCCCCCCCAAUCGGAUGACACCACUACUCUCGAUGUUAACCCCCGCCCCCUCUACUCGGACGUCGAGAUCUCUUCUUACGAUGAUUCUCUCGAAGAACAUUCCAGGAAGUUCAAUUUGGACUUGGCAGGACCUAGGGUUUUGUUCUGUGCUGACAGUGCUGUGAACUUACUCCUCAAGUCAUCUGCUAAUCAGUAUGUUGAGUUUAAGAAUAUUGAUGCGAGCUACAUAGGUGAUGGAAAUGGUAAUCUAAUGAAUGUGCCAGAUUCGAAGAGUGCUGUAUUCAAGGAUAAAACAAUGAAGUACAGUGAGAAGAAUCAGUUGAAUAGUUUCUUUAAGCUGGUGCAGGGACAUCUUGAAGCUGUUAAAUCUGUUGACGUUGCAGUUGAUGAUGAGAAGAUCAUUUCGGAUGAAGAUUUAGAAAGCCCAUUUGUUGUGUUCUUGGACAAGAUGAAGUUGCCUCCAAAAAUAAAAUCGAUCAUCCUCUAUGCAAUAGCCAUGGUUGAUUAUGAUCAAGAUGCUGGAGAAUCCUGUAAAGAUAUUCUCAAGACAAAAGAUGGGAUAGAUCGUUUAGCCCUUUACCACUCAUCAGUUGGAAGGUUUCCAAAUGCACUUGGAGCAUUGAUUUACCCCAUCUAUGGCCAAGGAGAAUUGCCACAAGCCUUUUGCAGACGUGCUGCUGUCAAAGGGUGUCUUUAUGUUUUGAGAAUGCCAGUGAUAUCUGUACAUCUGAACAAGGAUAAUGGGAAUUAUAAAGGUGUGAAAUUGGUAUCUGGGCAGGAAUUAACCAGUGAUAAACUAGUAAUGGAUCCAUCUUUCACCAUAACAUCUUCAAAUUCUCCUUCAAAUGUUUCUAAAUUGGCUAGAGGAAUAUGCAUCACAAAUAGUGCUUUAAAACCUGAUAUAUCCAGUUGUCUGGUUAUAUAUCCUCCUAGAUCUUUAUACCCUGAUCAGGCUACUUCAAUCCGAGUUCUCCAACUUGGGAGCAGUUUAGCUGUUUCUCCUUCUGGGAAGUUUGUUUUCUACAUUUCAGUUGUAUGUGAUAAUGCCCUUGAAGGAAAAAAGUCUCUACAAGCUGCCAUUGAUGACCUUUUCUCAUUACACUCUGAUGAAAGUGAAAGUAAAGAAUUGAAGCCCACUUUGCUUUGGAGUGCAUUGUAUAUCCAAGAUUUAAUCGAGGGUUCAGUGGGACCUGUUGUUAUGACACCUACUCCAGAUGGAAAUUUAAACUACAAUGAUCUUCUUGAUGCAACUUCAAAGCUGUUUAAGAAGUUGUACCCUGAUGAUGAAUUCUUCCCAGAGACAUCAAAUACAGACUCAUCUGAUAAACUAGAAGAUGAUAGUGAAGUUGUUCUAGAUUCCUAGCCAUGAUUUUUUUUUUUUUUUUUGUUCUUUUAUGAAAUGUUGGAAAAGUAGAUACAAAAUAUAGAUGUGAUUUUGAGUACCAAAAGGAAUGAAAUUAUUUUUGUCAUGUUAAAUUUU